AUGGCCUGUGCUGUCUCUGCCCCUAACCCCAUAACCACAACAACCUUGGAGCCGUGUCAGCCGUGUAGUAACGGCCUGCUGCUCGCCUGUGGGGGAACGUGUUGCAUUUGCUCUCCACUGGGUCACCUUUGCCGUAAGGCACCUCUAUUCAACUGCCCUGUUGCGACACCUGGCGCACAUAUCGCCAUGGAGUCAGGGGCGUUGAUAGAUUUGACUGCGUUGUCAGGCUUGUUCUAAGUGCCCUGAGCAGGAAUCUGGAGACUUUUUUUUUACCUUUACCUGAAUUUACCUGAGGGUUUGAGCGAGGAGUAUCGGGGAUUGACGGCCCUGGAGGCUCCUGUGUUCCAUCUGGGCGUGAAAUGCGUCUUGCUCUUUCUUUGCAGUGAUAGCUACCCUGCCGGGGAUAUUCAGGUGUUGCCAGGCGUCGCCCCAGUGUACUUGCAAUGUGAGGCGGUUUAGAGUUUUUGCAGUUUUGUUUUUCGAGAUAGCUUCCCCUUUUGUUUCCAUACCGGGAACCGGAUCGACAGGGUGCAUGUGGAUGUUCUAUUGUGGCCCAUCAAGGCAAUUAAGAAGAACAAUCUCAUGUGUGCAGCUUCUUACACUUAACUGGAUAUAUUUCAUUUUUAGUGUUGUCUUGCAAAUAGCCUUUUCCGAGAUGUCAUUGCUAUUAUUAAAAUCUUCAUGUGUCUUGAAAAAAGUCACAUGUAUUAAUAAAGUUGAGCGUCAUAGAAUAAAUGUUGGAUACCUGUCUUCAGUGUUACAGGCUCUUCCUUUCUCAUAUAACCAGUCAUUAACAUUUUGUCAUGCUGUGCUGUCUCGCAAGCCAUUAUUCUGGCAACAGCAGUGUAGUCGACAGUCCAAACGUUACACUGGGCUAUGGUCAUCAUCAUCAAACAAUAAUGAUGGCUCUACCCUAAAGACUUUGGAAGGCGUGGCUAAAUUUAUUAAAGAAAGAGCCAAGAACAUUUUAGUUAUGGUUGGAGCGGGUAUUAGCACUCCAUCUGGAAUUCCUGAUUUUAGAACCCCGGGGACUGGCAUGUAUGAUAACCUACAAAAGUAUAAUCUUCCCUAUCCAGAGGCUAUAUUUGACAUUCAUUUUUUUAUGAUGGAUCCUCGACCUUUCUUUACAUUAGCACAAGAUCUCUAUCCUGGAGUGAACUACAAACCAAACAUCGUUCAUCACUUUCUCCGAUUGUUAUAUGAAGAAGAAAAACUUCAGAUGGUGUACACACAAAACAUUGAUGGUCUAGAGAGAUUGGCAGGAAUACCAGAUGCAAAGCUUAUGGAAGCUCACGGCACUUUUGCUUCAGCAUCAUGUACUCUCUGUGGCAAGAUGCACAGUGCUGAUAAAGUGAAAAAAGCCAUCAUAGAAGGGGAUAUUCCAAUGUGUGAAGCCACCAAAUGCAAGGGUAAAGUCAAACCUGAUAUUGUUUUCUUUGGUGAGGAUCUCCCUUCGUCAUUCUGGGAAUACAACCAACAGACUCAUUUCACAGAUCUUCUUCUUAUCAUUGGAACGUCACUCGAGGUUUACCCUUUUGCUGGGAUCGCAGAUGCUGUGGGAACAAGGACACCGAGGGUACUGAUAAAUUAUAAUGCUGUUGGUAAUAUUGGCAAGCGUGUCAAUGAUGUUAUUCUUACAGGAGAUCUUACAGAAAGUGUUUGGAAUUUAGCAAAAGCAUUAACUUGGGAAAAAAAGUUGAAAAACCUUGAACAAGAGUAUGAAAGGAAAUAUUGUAAUGAAGAAUAACAAGUGCUACCAGCUGAUUACAUUUUUAAAAUGGGUCUACACCAUAAAGACAUGUAAUACUGUCUUAAAUUGGGGUUAGCAUGUAAUUGAGGGCUCCUAUGGUGGCAUCUUGGUGCCUGUUACCUGGAAAGCUCUAUUAAGUUAAUCAGCUUUCCCCUUGUGAGUUGUAAGCCUACAGGGGACCAGAGGCCUAAACCUGGCCCCUUCUGAAGAGUUGCAAGGAGCAGGGGAUUAUAGAUCACCCUAACCAAGAAAAGAGCACUAGAAAGAUAGGUGAACCAAACAAUACAAACAGUAAGUAAGGUAAACAAAGCAUAGAAAAAAAAGACAGUGAACUCCCCGAGAUGAACGAACCACCUGAUCGUCAAGCAGUUCUUUCGUUAGUUCCACCUGCACACCACCAGCAGAAUACCCGCCUUCCUUAUCAGUCCCCCAAGCCUGUGAUGUUUACUGUUACGCUUCUCUUUCCACACCAGCACUCUUCCAAUUUAAAUUUUUUCAGACAAGUGUUGGCCAUCCUGGAUAGUAGCACUUGGCCCAGCAAAGAUCUUCACUGUAUAACAUUGUUUUUGGUACUCUUUUUACUUUUACAUACCUAUUUCUUUUGUGUAAAUUCAUUGUGUUGGGGACAGGCAGCCAGUGUACAUAUACAUGUUAGGCUUAUAUCAAGGUCCCCCUUUCCUCAUGGUUAAAUUAUUAACCUUUACAGGAUGCAACCCAAUAACAAGUCGACUUAACUCCUGGGUACCUAUUUACUUCUAGGUGAACAGGGACAUUAGGUGAUAGGAAAUAUGCCCAAGCAUUUCUGUCCCUCCUGGGAUUUGAGUCGGAAACAAACCUGACUGUACUAACGGGACCCUAUAUACUGUAUAUAUAUUUCAUAAAACUAUUUUUUGUUUGGGCCUGGUUCCCAUCACAAUGUAAUGCCACAAGUAAUGCUAACUGUUGCCCAGUUUAAAAUAUGAGUAGAUAAAAUGUAAUAAUUUUCAAUACAGAUCUACCAUAUAAAAAACAAGUACCCUGUACAAUAAUUUGUUUUGCUCAGUCAGGGUGGCAGUGUUGAAAAUAAGUCACACUUUGAGGGUUAAACAUGUCUAACUUUCUAUUAUAAAAAGGCCUUAGUGAUUAACCAAUACAGUAUCAGUAAUUAUUCCUCUCAGAUUCUAAUUCUAGUCCUUCAGUAACACAUAGAUGAUGGCGGUAGGAUUCAGGCUUGUGGUGGUCCAGUAUUAAAACUUUAGGCUAGUCACUGUUAUUGGUUAAUAAGUGACCACCCACUUUGACUGAACGGUACAGUGAAAGUUUUGCUUCUUGCAGGUUUUCGUUCAUUCCCCGACCAUCCAAGUGGUUGGGCACCAUUCCUUUCCUUCGUCCUAUCCUAAAUCUUUAUCCCCAUAUCCCCUUCCAAAUGCUAUAUAGUCAUAAUGGCUCGGUGCUUUCUCCUGAUAAUUACCUUACCUACCUUAGUACCUUAGAUAGGCAACACUUUCGCAUUGUGUUGUUGUUGUUUUGUGUAAGUGUUCUGUGUAUAAGCACUGUUUAAAAUAAAAGUUCAAUAUCUUGCUCACUUAAUAUUGAUGGAUUAUAGCCAUUAAUAAUGAUAUUUAAAUUUAAUAUAACUUUAUUUCAUUAUAUUACAUCAUUUGACACAAAAUAAGUCAACAGGUUGGUCAAUUAGAGGAUAAAGUGAAGAAAAAUAUAGUAGGCAUGGUAAUACAUGCAUGAAUGGUAAACUGGUAAUUUGUGACAUAUUAGGCCAUUAGUCUUUAGUAUGCGAGGCUUCAGACUAUAAUCAAAACAGCCAUAAAAGGGUGAUAAUUUGCUUAGCCAAUUUUUGUAUCUAACUUUCUCCAUUAAACCAUUUUACAUCAAGUGGAAAUACUGCACUGCUUAAUUAAAGAAUGAUUUCUUUCACAGUGUUAUUCCUUCAACCAGAAUAAGUUUUGCAAUUUUUUGCAUGAUCCCCCAUUAUCAUGCAAAAAUAGUUGCAAAUAUUUUAAGUGAAAUUGGAUGCAACAACUGGCUUGAUUAAGAGUACAUAGGAAUGCAACACGAGUAUGAAAUAUGACCAGGUGCAAAAAGUUGAAAGGUUUUAUAAGAUUAAUAUGAUGAGAUACUAGAAUAUGUUGGGAAAGUGGGUGCAGUCAUUGAUAAAGGAUAAAGUUCAAAGAUUUUCAUAUAAAAAUAGAGAUGAAUGCUUGAUACAGUGACUAAUGUCCACAUUUCGUCAUAGUAUAUGGAAGAUGAAGUCAGGAGGAAGAAUAUAAUUUUAAUAAUGUAGGAGGAUAAAAAAACGGAAACAAGAGAAAACAGUGUUUUAGUCAUUAUCCUUGUCGGUUAAUUGCAUUAGUAUACAAAGUAAUAUAUUAUACAAGCAGUGAAAUAUUCCCAUUCAAUUUUCCGUGCAUAGGAAUUUUUAUUUUGUUUUCUUCCAAUUAGGAUUAAUUUAUUUAAUAAUGGAUUAAAAUGCAGUGUACUAUUGAGAGAAAAAAGUAUACAAUAAAUAUCACUAAUCAAUA